AUGAAUUCAACCGAUAUUCAUCGUUGGUUUGAAAAAUUUCGGUCUGAUGAUUUUUCCCUGCAAAAUGAACCGCGUGGAAGACCCGAAACGUCUGUGAAAAAUAAUGCCCUGAAACCAUUGGUGGAAACGAAUCCAACUGUUUCUUCAAGGGAACUUGCUGGCAGAAUGGAAGUUGACCAUAUAACAAUACUACGACAUCUUUCUGAAAUUGGCAAGGAUCUUUACGACAAUAGGAAAAGGUAUGCUAGGUGGCUUGAUAGGGAUGAGGCUUGUGCUCAUACUCCACGGCCAUUACUUCAUCCACGGAAAAUUUUAAUCACAGUUUGGUGGAAUGUGACUGCACUAAUACACUACUCAUUCCUUCGAACUGGAAUGACAAUUACAGCUGAAAAGUAUUGCCAAACCCAACCCUAUUCACCGGAUCUUUCGCCAACCGACUUUCAUUUAUUUAAACAUUUAGAACUGUUUUUACGGGCUAAAGAGUACGAAAAUGAAGACAGUCCGAAAAAUGCCAUAUCAGAGUUCAUUGAUUCUAAAGAUCAGAAUUUCUUCAAGACAGGUAUCCAUGCAUUAAAAUCUCGUUGGGAAAAGUGUAUUGAAGUAAAUGGAGCAUACUUUGAUAAAUAA